AUGCAGAGAACAAAUUCGAGUGGAUAUUCAUCAGCUAAUUGGGUUAUUAAUCAUGAAAUACUACGAGGAAGUAGGCAAACAACGAAUUCUUCUCAAGCCACCAGUGGUUAUUCAGAAGCUGUGAGGGCUGAUAAUAAUGGAAGAUUACGAGGAAGUAGACAAACAACAAAUUCAUCUCAAGCCACAAGUGGAUAUUCAGAAGUUUUGGGGGCAAAUAAUAAUGAAAGAUUUCAGAGAAAUAGACAUGUAAGUAUUACUAAGGCAUUUUGGGAUGCCUCCUCUAGAAACACGACAGUAGAAUUUUGUGUUUCUUACAUAUAA